AUGCCUCUGCGUCCGGCAGCCGGCAAACAUGAGCCACACAGCCCUCCUCGGCAGGACCAGCAGCAGCAGCGGCAGCACGCACACACACACACACAGACACACACACUCACACACACACACCCUUACACACACGCAGCCGACAGCAGCCGGGGGGCCAACACUGACAGCGGCAGCUCCCGGGAAGAGGACGGCGGCGUUCACGUUACUGGCGGCGUUCCUGCUUUCCAUCCCGGUCCGGAGUGGAGCCCCGGUGCAAGUGGACCCAUGGAGGAACCGACUGGCAACACCGUGGUCAUCCGCAUCGGAAUCCCGGACCUGCAGCAGACGAAAUGCAUGAAAUUCAAUGUGGACGCUCCUAUCUGGCUAUCCAAACAGCGGAUCCUGUGUACUCUCAACCAGAGCCUGAAGGAUGUACUCAACUAUGGCCUCUUCCAGCCAGCUUACAAUAGCAAGGCUGGCAAGUUUCUGGAUGAGGAAAGACAGCUGAGGGAAUAUCCGUUCCCCUCCAUUGCUCCUGUACCAUACCUGGAGUUCCGUUAUAAGAGGCGUGUCUACACUCAGACUUACUUGGAUGACAAGCAGCUGUCAAAACUCCACACAAAGGCAAACCUAAAGAAAUUUAUGGAGUAUGUUCAGCAGAGGAACGUUGAAAAGGUCUCAAAGUUCCUGGAAAAGGGCCUGGAUCCCAACUUCCAUGAUCCAGACACAGGAGAAUGUCCUCUAACGUUGGCAUCUCAGUUGGAGGGCUGUGCGGAGCUCAUCAAGGUGCUGAAGAAUGGAGGGGCUCACCUGGACUUCAGAACAAAAGAUGGCAUCACUGCUCUUCAUAAGGCUGUGCGCACCAAGAACCAUACAGCACUCAUUACGUUAUUGGACCUGGGUGCAUCACCAGACUACAAGGACAGUAGGGGACUGACUCCUCUGUACCACAGCUCCAUGGUAGGAGGAGACCCCUACUGCUGUGAGCUGCUGCUUCACGACCAUGCACAGGUCGGCUGUGUGGAUGAGAAUGGCUGGCAAGAGAUACACCAGGCAUGUCGCCACGGCCAUGUGCAGCACCUGGAGCACCUGCUGUUCUACGGCGCCAACAUGAGCGCUCAGAACGCAUCUGGAAACACCGCCCUUCAUGUGUGUGCACUCUACAACCAGGAUAGUUGUGCGCGAGUUCUCCUGUUUCGAGGAGCAAAUAAAGAGAUCAAGAACUACAACAGCCAGACAGCCUUUCAGGUGGCGAUUAUAGCAGGGAACUUUGAUCUGGCUGAAAUCAUAAAGAUCCACAAAGCAUCAGAUGUUGUGCCUUUCAGGGAGACCCCCUCCUAUACCAACCGUCGACGUGUGAUGCCCAGCACCCUGCCCUCCCCACGCUCCCUGCUCCGCUCUGCUAGUGACAACAACCUGAAUGGGGAUCACGACAUCGGUCAUGGUCAGAGCACACGGGAAACCCGCGGCCGCCAAGGCCACUCCCCAGUCCCUUCGUUGCGCAGCUUGCCUGCUCUGGGGCAGCAGCACAGCAGCCUUGGAGAGACCCGUCAUGGGGAAGUCCCCGACAGCAGUCUCCAGAGCACAGGCAGCUCCAGAUCGUCCCAUUCCCGUUCCCCAUCACUCCAUCACAUGCACGAGGAGGAUAAGCCAGUCCCCAGGAGGUCUCACAGCCACGGUUACCCCCAUGGUCAUGGCCCUCGUGGAAGACUCAGCCCUGGGACAGUUCAGCGAGACCCCAGCCCCCCUCAUCACACUCCUCCAGCGCUGACGGGCCCCCGAGGGCCCAAGCGGAAACUCUACAGCGCCGUCCCAGGACGUACCUUCAUUGUGGUCAAGCCCUACACGCCACAGGGAGAGGGAGAGAUCCAGCUCAACCGCGGAGAGAGGGUCAAAGACUAUGACUGUAAUGACGUAGAAGUGCUGAGUAUAGGAGAAGGUGGCUUCUGGGAGGGUACGGUGAAAGGGAGGACAGGCUGGUUCCCAGCGGACUGUGUAGAAGAAGUUCAGAUGCGACAGUAUGACCCACGGCUAGAGACUCGGGAGGACCGCACGAAGAGACUUUUUAGACACUACACUGUGGGAUCCUAUGACAACUUCACCUCAUACAGUGAUUACAUCAUAGAGGAGAAGAAUGCUGUUUUGCAGAAGAAAGAAAACGAGGGCUUCGGCUUUGUCCUGCGGGGAGCCAAAGCCGAGACGCCCAUCGAGGAGUUCACACCCACCCCAGCCUUCCCCGCCCUGCAGUACCUGGAGUCUGUGGACGUGGAAGGGGUGGCCUGGAGGGCCGGCCUGAGGACAGGAGACUUCCUCAUUGAGGUGAACGGUGUGAACGUGGUUAAGGUGGGCCAUAAGCAGGUGGUGUCUCUGAUCCGGCAGGGGAACAACAGGCUGCUGAUGAAGGUCGUGUCCGUCACACGCAAGCCCGAGUCUGAGGAGGUCGUCCGCAAAAAAGCUCCCCCGCCACCGAAGAGGGCUCCCAGCACAACUCUGACUCUGCGCUCCAAGUCGAUGACCGCUGAGCUGGAGGAACUGGCUUCUGCUCGGAGGAGAAGAGGAGAGAGGCUAGAUGAGAUGUUGGCCUCCCAGGAGCCCAUGCUGCGUUCGCAACCCUCGGAGGUAGAUUACAGAGCAGCAACUGUCAAACAGCGGCCUACCAGCAGGAGGAUGACACCAGCAGAGAUCAGUUCGCUGUUUGAGAGACAAGGCAUGACCCUACAUGGAGGGCUUCACCCAGGCAUAGAAAGAGGUCACAUACCGCUACCCAAAGGGAUGUCAAGGACAAAGUCUUUUGGUGCCACCGAGGAGGAUCAUCUGUCUGCCCUGGCAGGCGAGCACCGCUUCCCCCGCAGCUCCUCUAUGACAGACAGUCUUCGAGACCACUCCCAGUCCUAUCCCAUCCCUCCUCCACCUCAAACAGCACCUCCACCCCCUCCCUCUUUAUACUACCUAGACACUGGCCCUCCCCCAACCUUCUGUCCCCCUCCUCCCCCCUCCCGUGCCCAGAGUCAGGGCCAUGAGCCUGGGGGACGCUCUAGCUUCAAGCCUUCGUCCCUAGACCUGCCCUACGAGGUCUCCCAGAGGCACGCCGCGCAUGUCGAGAGACAGAAGAAGGCCCGUUCUAUGAUCAUCCUUCAGGACUCCUCUCAUCUUCCUGUAGAACCAACUGAAAUUCCUCGUCCUGCUGCUGCUACCCCACCUGAGCGAAUCAAAAGGAAAGGUCGCGUGAUCGACAACCCCUACGCCAAUGUGGGACAAUUUAGUAUUGGACUGUACACUCCCACCAAGCCCCAGAGGAAGAAAAGCCCCCUGGUCAAACAGUUACAGGUGGAGGAUGCCCAAGAAAGGGCUAGUUUGGCCUUAGCUGCUGCCCACUCCAGAGAGACCUCCCCAUCAGGCCGACACCCACAUCCCCAUGGGCACACACAUACCAGCCGUGCAGACUACUACCAGCAGCAGCUGAUGGCAGAACGAGAGCGAAUGCGCACCCAGGGAGAGGCUCUGCUCCAAGGCAAGGGGCCCUUUGCUGCGGCUAUCGCCGGAGCAGUGAAAGACCGUGAGCGCCGCCUAGAGGAACGGAGGAAAUCCACUGUCUUCCUGUCCGUUGGGACCAUGGAGGGGGCACCUGCAACCAGCCCAGAAGCCCCCUCCCUGACUCAGUCUUGUUCCAUGGAUGAGCGAAUGCUGACCCGAGAUCUGGGCCAGCUGCCCCCUCCUGCCUUGGCCCUGAGCCCCUCUCCUGGUGGGACCACAUUCAUCCACCCGCUCACCGGCAAGCCCCUGGACCCCAACUCACCAUUGGCUCUUGCGCUGGCCGCAAGGGAGAGGGCACUUACCUCUCAGAGCCAGUCUCCAUCCAGCAGCCCAGAGCCUAGGACUAAACAGGAGCGGGCUAGCCAAGGUGGAAUAUUCAUUGAUACCCAGACCAAAGAGUCUCAACAGGAGGAAGGGGGGCCUACAUCUCCUCCCUUCUCCCCACAAAGCGCCAAGGCAGGGGGUUAUGGGAUUGGACCUUCCACAGGGGCCACGUUAGGUCCCCAGUCCACCAAACUCCAGUGGGCCACACCUGCCUCCCCUAUAUCACUUCGACAGGAGAUGGAGGAAAGAGCAGAGGAGAGAAAGGAUGAAAAGAGAACAGAGGAUAAGAAGAGUAUGUUGAUCAGUAUCAUGGAUACAUCCCAGCAGAAGACAGCAGGGCUGAUCAUGGUCCAUGCUACCAGUAAUGGCCAGGCUGUGGGGGUGGGGUCAGAGCUUGAGCAGACUCAGGCCCCAAAGACCACUGAGCCCAGCAAGCCCCCAAGCCCUCGGGCAAAAUCUCCUAGUCCCACAGCAUCCCAGCCCCAACUCCAGACCCAGACCCAAGCCCAGCGACCUGCUAGCCCUGUCCAAGAGAAGAGUCUGGCUCAGGGCAGCUCAGAAGAGGAUGUGGACCCCUACACAGUGACCCUACCCCCUGCCAUGUUGUCCUCAAGUGAUGAAGAAACAAGAGAAGAGUUGCGUAAGAUUGGAGUGGUGCCCCCACCAGAUGAGUUUGCCAAUGGACUGCUGGCACAGGUAAAGGGGACACCAACAUCCCCAACUAAACCUGCCACCGUCCCCACCACCCCUACUAUACCUACACCCAAACCCCCCUCAACCCCAACAACCCCUAAUCUGACCCCCACCCAGCCUCUGCCUCCCCACCCCCCACCUCCACCAAGUGCAGUAGCUGUCUCAGGGAAGCCCUCUGACCCUCUGGAGCCCCCAUCAGUGGGGGAGUCUGGCUCCGCAGCUGACUCUGGAGUGGAGGAGGCUGACACACGCAGCUCCAGCGAGCGAGAGCGAGACCACCACCUCGAGACCACCAGCACCGUCUCCACGGUAUCCAGCAUGUCUACAUUGUCCUCGGAAAGCGGCGAGCCCGCCGACACACAGACCACACACACCUCCUACGCCGACGGGCAGACCUUUGUGCUCGACAAGCCGCCAGUGCCUCCCAAGCCCCGACUCAAGUCCCAGAUAGGAGGCAGUAAAGGCCCUGUCACCUUCAGGGACCCUCUGCUGAAGCAGAGCUCUGACAGUGAGCUGCUAUCACAACAACAAGCUGCUGCUUUGGCUGCUGCCGCGGCCGGUGGAGCUGGGCUGCCCUCAGGUGGAUCAGCUUCAGUGACUGGGCUUGCGCCCACCAGGCCGCGCUACCUCUUCCAGCGCAGGUCCAAGCUGUGGGGGGACCCAGUGGAGGCCCGUGGGCCUGGGGUGGGGCUCGGUGUUGGGAGUUUGGGCAAUCUGGGUGGGCUGGGGCUGGGGUUAGGAGCAGACGAGGGAGGAAAACCAUCAGUCAUGGGGGAGCUGAGUUCCAGGCUCCAGCAGCUUAAUAAAGACACAAGGUCACUGGGAGAGGAACCAUUGGGCGCAUCAUUGGACCCUGGGAGGAAAUCACCUGUGGCAGGUGCCAGACUUUUCAGCAGUCUAGGAGAGCUCCACACCAUCUCCCAGAGAAGUUAUGGCACCACAUACACCAUCCGCCCAGGCAGCCGCUACCCCGUCACCCGACGCACCCCAAGCCCAGGUUCAGGCUCGCCCGAUCGGAGCGACCCCCUUGGACGGCUCCCUGGCUUCGGCCUGCCUACAUCCCCGACCACCCCUCCCCACACCAUCCUCAAGUCCUCCAGCCUCAGUCUGCCCCACGAGCCUAAGGAGGUCCGCUUUGUGAUGAGGAGCUCCAGCGCCCGUUCUCGGUCCCCAUCCCCUUCCCCCUCUCACUCCCCCGGGUUGGGGUCACCACUCCUGGCCCUCCGGCCCUUUCACCAGAAGCCCCUUCACCUCUGGAACAAAUAUGACGUGGGAGACUGGCUGGAGAGCAUCAACCUGGGGGAGCACAGAGCAGGGUUUCAGGAGCAUGAGAUUGAAGGCUCUCACCUCCCAGCCCUGACCAAGGACGACUUUGCAGAGUUGGGAGUGACACGCGUCGGACACCGCAUGAACAUCGAACGAGCACUCAAACAGCUGCUGGAGAGCUGACCCCUGCUUUGAGACACAGGAAACGAGAGAGAGAAGGUUUGGAAAUGGAGAGACAGGGACAGAGACAGCGCACUUAAAAAAAUAGUUAAACAGAAAGAGACCACUCCUCUUUUACUCUGGCUCUUUUUUAUGUCUUCAGAUUUGCAAAUGUCCCCCUCUCACAAAAUAUUAUGUUGUCCCUCUUACCCGGCGCUUAGCA